CGUCACUGACGCAAGCGACGUUGGCACGCAGGGGAAACCUUUCCGCCAUCUUUGUUCCUGGCACAGCUGAUCUCUGGGGAAAGCUCCGUCAGCGAAACAGAGCGCAGGAAGUCAGCGGUCCGCUCAUUCAUGGGAUUGGUCGCCAAGUGCCUGGGUGUCAGGUCUCCCGCAACUCCCCGGAAGAAGGAAGCGGGUCCCGGAGCUCGGUGCUGACCGAACAACCGGAGGAAGACAGCGGCUGCCCGGGCACCGGUAACAUAAGAGAGUGCGGUGGUGAGACGGUCCUGGGAGCUAUAACACCCGAGUGCGGGGCCGGGUCAGCGGGUGUCACUCUGCUCGGGGGUCAGGAUGCUGCCCUUGUCUAUUAAGGAUGAUGAGUAUAAGCCGCCGAAAUUCAACCCGCUGCGGAAAGUGUCCGGCUGGAUCAGGUCGAUCUUCUCGGACUCCACAUCUAGGAAUCUCUUCUGCUUUCUCUGCUUGAAUCUCUCAUUUGCAUUUGUGGAGCUUUUUUAUGGAAUAUGGAGCAACAGCUUGGGGUUGAUCUCCGAUUCUUUUCACAUGUUUUUCGAUUGCACAGCGUUGUUAGCCGGCCUGGCAGCUUCUGUCAUCUCCCGGUGGAAAACAAAUGAAGCGUUCUCCUACGGGUUUGUACGGGCAGAAGUCCUGGCGGGUUUUGUGAAUGGUCUCUUCCUGAUUUUCACAGCCUUUUUUAUCUUCUCAGAGGGAGUGGAGAGAGCCCUGGACACCCCCGAGGUCCAUCAUGAUAGGCUGCUCCCAGUAUCUGUCCUGGGAUUCCUUGUAAACCUUAUUGGAAUAUUUGUGUUCCAACAUGGCGGAAAUCAUCAUGGGCACUCACAUGAUGGCGGUCACGGGCACAGUCAUUCUUUAUUUAAUGGUUCCGUGAGUCAGGGGCAAAGCCAUAGCAGUGGACAUGGGCACAGUCAUGGCGGAGAUCAUGGGCACAGUCAUGGCGGAGAUCAUGGGCACAGUCAUGGCGGAGAUCAUGGGCACAGUCAUGGCGGAGAUCAUGGGCACAGCCAUGGGGGUGGUGGUCACGGACACAGCCAUGGAGAAGAUCACAGCCAUAAACAUGGACUUGGAUUUGUUUCCUCAUUCUCUGAUCAACCACCUGAGGAGCAUAGAGGAUCCAGCAAACAGAUAUUAGAAGGGGUAUUUUUGCACAUUGUUGCGGACACACUAGGCAGUAUCGGUGUGAUCAUCUCCACUAUCCUGAUGCAGCGUUACGGGUGGAUGAUUGCGGAUCCGAUUUGCUCAAUGCUCAUUGCUUUGCUUAUCUUCGUCAGUGUUAUUCCCUUACUUAAGCAGUCUAUCGGUAUCCUGAUGCAGAGAACUCCUCCAUCCCUAGAUUAUUUGCUUCCUGAUUGUUACCAGCGGGUGCAGCAGUUGCAGGGCGUCUAUCAUCUACAAGACCCUCACUUCUGGACUCUCUGUACCGAUGUUUAUAUCGGGACCCUGAAGCUGGUGGUAGGCCCCGAGGCAGACUCUCGCUGGAUUCUUAGUCAGACUCAUAAUAUUUUCACACAGGCUGGUGUCAGGCAGCUGUACGUACAGAUAGACACCGCGGCCAUGUGAACCUUCGUCAGACCUCAUCUCUCGGACCAAAGCACCAACGCUAACACUAGGACCUGAGCUCAGGCUCUGAAAAAAAAAAAAAGCCACUGCAGGGAUGCACCCAUCGGGACCAAGCAUCUCCACAUGAUGUUCAUGUCUGGAGAGGGGGUCUUCCACUUGUGCCACAUUUCCUUCAAAACUCAAAUCAACUUUUUUUUUUUAAUAUACAGAAUACGGGACAUCAUGUCUGACGUUGCCUUCUUUUUAGCAUCUCGUUGGGUCUCUGUCCAGGAUUGAGCCUCAUCGGGCUUAUAUCUCCAUGUAAUACCGAUCGAAAUACAGUCGUUCUCCCAGCCGUACCGUACAGCGUGUAAGCACCUUAGGCAUAUCAACUCUGAAUUUACUUGUACUGUGAAACCAGGUUUGCCCCCUCCCCCCCCCCCCCCCCCCCAAUCUCUGGACACCGGAGACAACAUUUGAAUUUGACAUAUAAUGUCCGGGUACUGUUGGGUUUUAAUCAGACCGUCCUUCAUAUUGACACAGGGGAGGCUGCAGUAUUACCUGGCAGGGAAUGCUUUGGAUUUACUCGCGCCCCUCUGUUUUUUUUGGAAACUGUUGCGUUCUGCAAAUGGAUUAUUUUUAUUUUGGUUUAGGCAAUGUGUAGAUAUCUCUGACCAGUGUUAAAAAAAAAAAAAAAAAUAAUAAUAUCUGAACUCGCAACACUGCCGGUGCGAAAAGCAAACGGGACAGCACGGAUAUCGCCUGCAAAUGGAAAACUGGAUAGAAUACUUACCCAAGUGCCUUCCCCGACCGCAACGUUGGGAGACGACGUUUCCGCAGCACAAGGAGGGAGGCGAGUCUGCGCCGCCUGCGUUCUCCGAUGUCGUGACUUUUCUGCCCUACAUAUCCAUCUUGGAACAUAUUACGUGAUGCAAAAAUGACUGAACUUGCACCCUCCAGUGCUGCUAUCUAUAUAUAUAUCGAUCCAGUGAUGUCCGCCCGUUCCUCGUGCACACGGACUUCUUCUACCUGCCUUUUUACGGAACUUUAUAAUCUAUCGCCCUUCAAAUGAUGUUCAGAUAAAAUGGUAUGACUGUAUCCGGCUCGUUCCGCCGGCGUCCACGGGAGGAAUAAAGGGCUAGAGAAUAUGUCCUGGGACGUAUAGGUGCAAUGCAUUCUUCUGUCGUAUUCCUGUCGUAUUCUUUUAUUUUAAUUUUUUUAACCAUUUUUUUUUUCUUCAUUUGAAGGAUUUUUUUAUUUUUUUUUAUUUUAAGGAAUUAUGAAUUUUUUUUCAUCACGAGUAAAGGCAUAAGAGUUAAUAAUAGUUUACAUAAUGUUCGCAAGUUUACUUUGAACUAUUGAUGUCACCCAGUGAAUUUAUUGGCUCCGUAAUCCUUGGAACAG